AUAAUGUACCAAUCAGAGUUAAGAUCUAAUGUUUAGUACUUGGAAAGGAAGGUUAUCUGACAUUUCUAGUUGUCUUAUCAUUCUUGCUAGGCAUAUCGUGAAUCGGAUUAUGAACUUACAUCCUCCAGAAUGGUCUGGUGAGGUUCGAAGCAUAACGUAUUCGGCUGAUGGCAAGUCUGUGUCUGUUGUUUACCGUGUCACACUGUAUGGGACUGAUGCUGAGAUAUACAAGGAGUCAAUAGGUACUACUCCUGUAAAUGAUGCAGGCUAUGGAGAUCCAGUGCAGAAGGCAGAAGCAAUGGCAUUUCGUCGAGCUUGUGCUCGUUUUGGUCUGGGACUUCAUCUCUAUCACGAGGAUGUGUUAUAGCCAAGCAACAUGGGCUUUGUGUCAGGCAAUUUUUAGUUUAGCGGAUGACACUCGGAUCACAUUGUGUUUUAGUUGAUUUUGUUUUGAUCUCAAGAGAGAAUCGCAGUAAACCAGAUAUUUUGAUGUAAAACAAAAUCAGCUUAUCUAUUGCUGUCUGCAAUUGUGAUUUCAAAGCGUAGAUUUCUGUAUUUUAUGUAGUAUGUUUAUUUAGUGAUGGGAAUGCUGGCUUUUGAUAUUGGUAAAUUUCUGAAUACAAAAAUGUGGGCACCGAUGAAUAUGA